CAGGAAUAUCCUUUGGCAAUUAUCCGAGGGCUGGAAUGCUUCUGUGGAUACCCUACAGUUCAGUUUAACCUUUAUGAACGCUUGGAUGACUCUUUGUGCACUGGGUCCCUGAAUGACAGCAUUGGAUCAGAGGUCCUGAGGGAGGACAGCUAUUGUUCUGUCUACCAAACUCCCAUACAAGAUACAAGAUGUACAACUCGAAAGUUUCUACCUACAAAGUCCAAAGUCUUUGUUGCCUUGUCAAGCUUUCCUGGAGCUGGAAACACAUGGGUGAGACACCUGAUAGAGCAUGCUACUGGAUUCUACACUGGAAGUUAUUACUUUGAUGGGACCUUGUACAACAAAGGUUUCAAAGGAGAAAAAGAUCACUGGAGGAGCGGCCGAACUGUGUGUGUCAAAACUCAUGAAAGUGGCAAAAGAGAAAUUGAAAUGUAUGAUUCCUCCAUUUUACUAAUCCGCAACCCUUACAAAGCCUUGAUGGCAGAAUUCAACAGGAAGUGUGCUGGGCACCUGGGAUAUGCAACAGAGAGACACUGGAAAAGUAAAGAAUGGCCAGAAUUUGUUAAUAGCUAUGCAUCCUGGUGGACCUCUCAUGCAUUGGAUUGGCUUCAAUAUGGAAAGAAACUAUUGGUGGUGCACUAUGAAGACUUGAAGAAGGACCUUAUUGGAAAGUUAAGGGAAAUGGUGGCUUUUCUCAACCUACCAAUAAAUGAGGAUCGUUUCCUUUGUGUGGAGAACAACAAGGAUGGGAACUUCAAACGGCUAGGCUCCAGCCAAACAGUCUUGGAUCCUUUCACAAGAGAGAUGAAGAAUUUAAUCAAUGGAUAUAUCAGGACGGUAGAUAAAGCCCUCAGAUCCAGGAACUUUACAGGCUUACCAGAAGAAUAUAUGCCAAGAUGA